AUGUUUAUCCAAUUGAUCAUUUAUGCAGUUCCAUCGAUUUAUGCAUUCUAUUAUUUCAAUCCCAUGUCAUAUUACAUGAUUUAUUGUAAAAUUCGAAUGUAUCUUAUUCUCUCAUCAGCACUAAUUUAUCAUUGGUCGUAUGCUGCUGCUUCUUUCGAUCGUUAUGCACUUUCAUCAACAAAUGUUCGUCUAAGACAAUUAGCAAAAGUGAAAACAGCCAUUCGCAUGUUAACUGCAAUCUGUUUGGUUUCACUGACAUUUUCAGUUUAUGUACCAGUUGUGUAUGAAGUCAAAUCAUCAACAUGUAGUAUAUUCAAUAAUCCAGGUGCAACAUUAUUUACGACAUUAUCAAGCAUUUUGCUGAAUGCAUUCAUUCCGACGACAAUCAUGAUUAUUUGUACUUUAUUGAUCUGGAAAAAUCUGAAAGAAAAACGACAACGUCGUCGAAACUUGUUCAAUCGAGAAAACAAUAAUCUUGCGCAAGAAAAGCAGGAUCGACAAGCACUUCGUAUGUUACUUGUUCAAGUGAUUGUGCUUGUUCUUAUUCGAAUCCCUUGGCUCAUCUAUAGCAUCAACAAUGUGAUUUCAUCUUACGUCACAAAUAAAAGUUCAGAACGAAUUGCAAUUGAAAACUUCAUCACAGCUGUAGCUGGUGCGUUCUCGUUUUUAUUUCCAUCAAUCUCAUUCUAUGUGUUUACAUUAGCAUCAAGUUUAUUUAGAAAUGAAUUAUUUUCUCUUCUCAAAUUUUGCUUCUGUUGUAAACGUUUUAUCUACAAUCAUCAAGUCACACCAGCAGAGAGACAUAGGACAUAG